UUUGUUUCUUUCAAAAAAAAACGGAAACCUGUCGUCGGGCUAUAAACACGGUCGUUUUCGAGGUGCGAAAGUUUUAUAUCUUUUUGAUAUACAAAGAAAAUCCGUUUUUUCGUUUCUUUGUUUUCCUGAAUUUCGGGCGGUAGUGCGUGGAAUACAUUCAUAAAAAAAAUACCCCAAAAAAAGUGCGUAAGCAAUAUGAACAACCACAAAAUUUGUGGUUGAUUUCGGAGAUUUUCUAUCCUCCCGUCGGAAAAAAUCUACUCCCUCCCCCUCAAAUUACACAGUGAAUAGUUUUUGAAACACCUUGAAAAUUAGAAAAAAAAAUUAAUUCAAAAACUCUGUUUCUGUAUUCGCGUACACGAAAAAAAAAAUAAAUACAAAAAAAAAAUUAAAAAAAAAGUUUAAUAGUAAAAAGUUGAAAAAAAUUGUUAAGUGAAAAAAAAAAAAAAUAUAUUUGAUUGUUUAAAAAAUUUAAUGGAAAAAAAUAUAAAAAAAAUUGGCAAAUAAAUGAAAAUUACCCAAUUAACGCAAGUUUUUCUGUGAUACAAAAACUUAAUUAACCUAUAUCUAGGUAGUGUAAAAUAUUUUGACAGCAGCCGGGUAUUGCAAAUAUUUUCCUCAAAGGACGUCAAAUUACAACAUAGUUAUCAUCACCAGGAUAUAAUUUUAUAAAAUACUUACUGUGGAUGAAAAGGACGAAAGUAUAAUAAAAGGAUAUUUUAAUAACACUGCUGCCAAAUACACAGUUGGAAUUUUAUAAGAGUUUUUAACAUGAACCGGUGUGAUGGCUAGUGGAAGGAUUGGAACGUUUGAAGUUCACUCAAGUGCUGCUUCGCUCAUUAGCAACAACAACAAAUUUGGUAAUCCUGUUUCAUAGACCCAGCACCAAAACACAAAUUCUGGCAACAGAACUCAGAUGUCCUGUACGGUUUCAGAGCUGCCAUCGGGGUGCCGUCUCCGUGGCAUGGGCUCUGCAUCACAAGCCACAAGUAAUGUUCAACUAACUGGCGGUAGCAGCGGCGGCGGAGGUGGUGGCGGUGUAGGAAGUGGAGGCGGCAGUGGCGGCAACGGCAGCGGUAGCGGAAUCACCACAGUUGUUGCUCCCGGUGGCAUACAUGUGGGCGGUGUGUUAACAACAACCAGUGUCCUAGGUACCGGCAAUAAUAAUGCACUCCAAGAGGCACCACUGCAAAGGCAGCAAUCCCAGAAGCCAUGCUGUUUCUGUUGGUGUUGCUGCUGUUCGUGUUCAUGGGCGAAAUGCUUAGCGAUUAAAAAUGCAGAAGACAAUGGACCAACAAAACGAGAUCCAGCGAGUUCGGAUCUACUUUUAGAUGGCGAACAACCAACGCUGGAGGAAAUCCGAAGCUGGGGCAAAAGUUUCGAUAAAUUAAUGAAAAGCCCAGGCGGUCGCAAAGUAUUUCGUGACUUCCUUCGCUGCGAAUAUAGCGAAGAAAAUAUCCUUUUUUGGUUAGCCUGCGAAGAACUGAAAAAAGAAAGCAGUCCGGAAAUGGUUGAAACCAAAGCACGGUUAAUUUAUGAAGACUACAUUUCGAUAUUGUCACCGAAGGAAGUAUCAUUGGAUUCGCGAGUGAGAGAAAUCGUCAAUCGCAAUAUGGUCGAACCGACAACGCAAACAUUCGACGAAGCUCAAAUACAGAUUUAUACUUUAAUGCAUCGUGAUUCCUAUCCAAGGUUUAUAAACUCGCAACUUUUCAAGUCACUUGCACAACUUCCUGAAGGUGUGUCAGCGUCCGGGUCAAUGGAAGAAAGCCCGAUGUAGGAAAAAUUAAGCCCCGGAGAUAAAGACAAUUCGAAAUAAUAAUAAUAAAAUAAAAGAACAAAUAAAACCAAAACCAAACCAAAAAAAAAA